GCAAGCAGAAAGUGGGCGGGGAGUCUCCGACCAAUCAGCGGAAAGGAAAAGCCAAAGCGCGGAGAGGGGGGCCCCUGUGGCUCGACUUCCUGCGUGGGCUUCGCGCUUUACACUGGGGUUGCGGUCCGGGCACCGCGCUUAGGAGGAGAACAGCCGCUUCCCUGCCGCUCUCAUGCUGCGACCCGACGGCUGCCACUUGCUGCUGCCGCUGCUCUUCCUCCUGGCGCCGGGGCCCGCCGAGGGGAAGGCGGAGGCGGCGGCCGAGAGGCUGAGCCCCUACUUCGGCACCAAGUCCCGCUACGAGGAGCUGCACCCGGAGCUCCUGCGGGACCCGCUGUCGCUCGGGCCGCCGCAGCCCGGCUUCCCGCUGCCGCCGGCUUCCUGCGCCCCGCUGCAGCUCGGCGCCGUCUUCCGCCACGGCACCCGCUUCCCGACGCGCAAGCAGAUCCAGAAGCUGGGCCGCCUCCACGGACUCGUCCAGGGAAACGCCGGGAAAUGCAACGCCAGCGCCGCCUCCCGCCUGGCGCGCUGGACCAUGUGGCUCCGGCCGGACAUGGACGGCAAGCUGGCCCCGCGGGGGCGCCGCGACAUGGAGAUGCUGGCCAGGCGCCUCGCCCGCCGCUUCCCCAGCCUCCUGGCCAGGAACCGACGCUUCGCCUUCGUCAGCAGCUCCAAGCACCGGUGCCUGGACAGCGCCGCCGCCUUCCGCGAAGGGCUCCGGCAGGCGCUCGACGGCCAGCGGCAGGGCACGCCCCCAAAGCAUGGUGAGAGUAACCCCGCAUCCUUCCCACUCCCAGCAAGCCGUCCAUUCUCUGCUUCAUUAUAACCUGCAUGGGCGUAGCUAGGAUUUAUGUUAGUGAGGGCGGGGACACCCACCUGUCGUCGUCCUCUGUUUGGCUCUGUCCAGCAGUUUCCGAAUGAAAUGUCUCAACAACAGGUUUUUUUUAUCACUUUCUUUUGACCCCAAGAGUGAUUCUACAAUUGCUACUUUCAGUUAAGUAUUUGGAGGGGCAACUGCCCCCCGCCUCCUACCCCCAGCUAUGCCCAUGAUAGCUGAUGGCACUUUGGGGUGUGGUUGCAGAGGUCAGGACCAUUUAAAGACCCCAAGGCGGCAAUAAUGUACCCCACUUACUAUUUUUAUUAUUAUGUGCACGUAUUAGGCACUUUAGGCAAAGAAAAAGCAUCAAAAUGAAAUGCACCACUUGAAAACAGUUUGGCGCCUGGGAUUAAGUGUCAUAAUUGAAUUCAGUAGGACAAGGUUGUCAGUAGAGAAGCCUAGCUUUGCAAUAUGAGAUUCUUCCCCCCCCCCCCAAGCAGAUUCGUUAAAACCAAGAGGAAAAGAAGUAAAUUAAAACACACCCCAUCCACUUCUGAAAGGCCACACAGAUAGUUAAAGGCCUAGUUAUAGAGGAAAGGUUUUAAGCUGGGAGGCAGUGCAUAAAAGGCACCUUCUUGUGUUGCCAGCCUCUGGGACUCUCAUGGAAAAAUCCUGCAAUGUUGAUCACAGGGUCUGGGUCAGUUCAAAUGGGGAGAGGUAGCCCUGUAGGUAUUGCAGUUUUGAACUGUUUAAGGCUUUAUAGGUCAAAACCUGCAAUUUGAAUUGGGCCGGAAACUAAUUGGCAGCCAGUGCAGUUGAGCCAGGAUUGGUGUUAUGUGUUCAAAUGGUCUUGCCCUGAUGAGCAACCUGGCUGCCAAAUGUGAGCCCCACAGAUAAUAUGUUGCAGUAAUCUAACCUAGAGGUUGCCAGAGCAUAGACAACAGAAGUUAGGUUAUCCCUGUCCCUGGGCCACCAGCUGAAGCGGAUGGAAGACACUUUGUGCCACCGAGGCCACCUGAGCCUCAAGCGACAGCAAAGGAUCCAGAAAUACCCGCAAGUUGCAUACCUGCUCCUUCAGAGGGAGUGUGUAACCCCAUCAAGAGCAGGCAACCUCCCAUCCAUCGGUUCUAGGGAACUACCCACUAACUGUGUCUCAUUCUUAUCUGGAUUGAGCUUCAGUUUAUUGUCUUUCACUGAGUCCAUUACGAGGAAAGACAUCAAUCCAGCACAUCCACUACCACACCCUGCAGGUGUAAAUGAGAAGCAGAGCUGUGUGCCGUCAGCAUAUUGCUGACAACAUACUCCAAAAUGCCAGAUAACGCCACUCAGGAGUUUCAGGUAAACAGCACGGUGAGUGAAAUCGAACCCUGAGGAACUCCACAUUGAAGUCUCAUGGAGCUGUACAGCACUCCCUAAGCAUCAUGCACUGGAAAUGACGGUCCAAGUAGGACUGGAACCAUUGCAAAGCAGCAUCACCCACCCCUAACUUGGACAGCUGCUCCAGAAGGAUUUCAUGGUUGAUGGUAUUGAAAGCUGGUGAGAGGUUGAGGAGAAUUAACAGGGGCACAUCUCCCCUGUCUCCUCUUUCUGUGCCCAAACUAGAUCUAAACCCUGAUUGAACUUAGGGGGUUGGAUAAUCAUUUAAGGCCCCAGUCCCAGCCCUUUUCUCUUGAUAAGGGUUGUUUUUGUCCCCCCUUGUGUGUGGUACUGGUCCCUCUCCUAAAAAAAGAAGACCUGGCCAGAACUUUCAAAUUAUAGUUAAUGUGCUUAUCUAAUUUCAUUCCUGCUCACUGCUCAGCUAACUUAAAUAGCAGCCUUUUUUGUUGUGGUUUAACACUUGCAAAAUGUUUGAAGGCAUGAAGGCAGCCUUUGGACCAAUAGUAAGGAAAACUGCACCACUGAAAACCUUUUCUGGAGAGAUUAUUACAGCAGUAAGCAGGUGAAGCAGGGCACUAUUAAGAGUUAUAAUCACAGGAAGACAACAAUUAUCUGAUACAACAAUUUUCAACAUCCAGACACUUGACAGCAGAGCUAGGUUCCUCUCCUGCCCUUGGCAAGCUGAGGAAUGCCAUCAACACUCAGGCAUGUGGUAAAGCCCCAGGACAGGUCAGAAUCCCAACAGAAGUGCUGAAAGCCGGCCUCAAUUUCUCCCUCAUAACACACCUCCACAGCCUUCUCUUGCAGUGUUGAAAACAAGGAUCCAUGCCACAAGACAUGUGUCACCACAGUGUCAGGAGCGGAUGCCAGGAAUAAAUCACACAGAGUAAGUCACAUUAAUUCUUUAUUGGAAGAAACAAGGUCUGCUCAGGAGUGCCUGGCCUAAUGAUCACCAUUCAAGGUGGAGGUCUGUUCAACCUGACAUGUCUCCACACCAAGACAAAAGUAAAUGUUGUUUGCAGAUGAUGCAGCCUUGACAGCACACUCUUAAGCAAGCUCUGAAAAGACUUGUCAACAGUUGUGUCCAAGCUCGCAUGGAGUUCGGCCUCACCACCACCCUGAUGAAGAUCAACAUCUUGGGUCAAGAUGUUACCAGCACUCCAGCAUCAGCAUUGAGGUGGUAGGCAAUUUUAUCUACGUGGGCUCCACCAUAACCAGCAACCUUUCCAUCGAUGCUGAGCUGGACAUGCGCAUUGGCAAGGCAGCUACGGCAAUGGUUUCCCCCCUGCAAAAGGGUAUGGGAGAAUGUGAUGCUAACAACCAAUGUCAAGAUGAAGGUCUAUUGGGCUUGUGUGUUGAGCAGGCUGCUUUAUGGAAGUAAGUUCAUGGGUAACUUAUACCCACCAGGAGUGAUGCCUCAAUGCCUUCCAUAUCCAUUGCAUCAGGUAGAUUUUGGACAGAGUCUCAAAUAAAGGUGUGUUCUCCCAAGCCCACAUUCCCAGCAUGUUCGUAGUUCUGUCUCAGUGACAUCUCUGCUGACUUGGUCAUGUACACAGAAUGGAAGAUGACAGGAUCCCCAAAAGGGAGCUGUCACUAGACCUGUUGGCAGAAUAAGUCUGUGUUACAAAGAUGGCUGCCAACAUGACACAAAGGCUGGCAACAUCAGUCCCGUUGUAUGGGAAUCCUUUGCAGAUGAUUGGAGUGCCUGGAGAACGACAGACAGGUUGUGCAUUUACAGCAGUGACCAGAGGAGGAAUGACCAGUCGGAGGAACGCAGACAGAAGAAACGCCAUAGGACACCUGCAUCAGUGCAGCCAGACUCCUUCAUCUGCCCCAGCUGCAAUAAAACAUGUCUCUCCCUUAUUGGUCUCUACAGCCACAGCAGAUGCUUUAUCUCUCCCAACGGUUCGACUUUAUCCUCAAAGGCACACUCCUACAUUGGCUCCUGAGACUGAUAGAAACCAGCAACAAUUAUGAUCAGGAACAUCUGUUCAUUUUCCUUGUGUUCAUAAUAGCAAGCAUUUCUAUUUUAUUUUUUCAUAAAAUGCCUUAUAGGUUCUGUUUAUUCUUCCAGAACAGAACUGGCAAAUUAUGAAUUGUUUCCUAACUUUCCUUAAAUGUUUUUAUUCAUCCUUAAAUUGACAUCCCCCCCCCUCGCCCUUCUACAUUUAUCAAUAUCUAUUUGCCAUGCUAAGUAAGUUAAUGGAAACUGCAAGUUCAGAACUUGCAGUGGCUUAGAAUAUCAGAAGCUGGAUAAAGAGGGUCAACAUGUCUGUGUCCUGUUUUAUGAGCUUCCCGGAAGCAACUGUUGUAUGGAACAGUAGGCUGAAUUAGAUGGAUUUUAAACUAGUUCAGCCAGAUUUUUUAUUGAUCUUUUGCUUACUCAAGCUGUUUUUCCAAAAGCCAUACUUACCUGUCAGGGAACUGACAUCGGAGCCUGAGGCGGAGGGAAGGCUCUCAAAUGAUGCUGGAGAAGGGCCAAGCAGGGAGAGAGGCAGUUCAGCAGAGGGGGAAGCAAAUCAACGUUACACCAGGGAUAAAGGGGGGCAGAUGGGGGAAUCGGCAAGAGGGCUCCAGGACUCUUCGCUGGACACCAGCGGGGAGAGCACGAGUCCUCCGCUACCCACGCCCUCCCUGCGCAGAAGACUUCCACGCAGGGAGAGUAGGAGGAGACUGGGCGUAAAACAACUUUUAUGUUGGAAGAGGUUUAAGAAACGCCCACUGACGGAUUCUGCUAGUGACUGAGGCAGCCACGAAUUGAAGGGCUGUCCAGACAGAGAGGUUUAACAAGGCAACAUAGCCAGGAGAGGCGGCAACUUACGCACGAGCAACCCCAUACCCAUUAUAUUACCCAUUUUACUUUUUGAGGAUUAUUUAAUAAAUCACAGAAUUCCUGUACGUUACACGUGUCCGCUUUACCACAGAACCUUUAGAUUAAAUCUUAUUCAACAACAGAAAUUAAGCUGAAGUGUAUAACUAUCAUUCUCUAACCUUGAUCCUCAAAAGUUAGCCUCACUCUCCCCCCUGCACCCUGGUUAGGUUGGAUCUUCAAAAACGUUUGUGCGUGCAUUUGCUUUUGUUAUUGUAUGAAAUGACACGUACUGUACAGAGAUAGCACUUACUACUAAUAAUACAUGGCAGAUAUGCUUGCAUAGGAACUAACAUGAUACUCAGUAUAGAUUGGAAACGUUGGCAUUUAAGACAUUUCAGGUAUGAAAUAUAUUGCAGUAUAUUUAAACAUGCAAAAUUUAGUAAUAUUAAGGAAAUUUAAAAUGAAUAAAUAAAGUGAAAAUAUUUUAUGUAAAUCACUUCAAUGAUUAAGCGAUACACUAAUUGUGUUAAAUAAACAAAUAACAUAAGACACACUGUUGGUAACUGGAUAGUACUGCGUAUGCCAGCAGUUAAAAUUAAUCUUGAACCAAAGGCUCCUUGGGUCAUAUUCAGCGUUUGGGCCAUUUGUUCCUCGCUCACGAUAAAAACAGUGCAUACUGAGAACUGCAACCAACAGAUUGAAAAACCAAUGUGAUUGAUGUCAGAGUAGGUUAAAUUUACAUGAGAUUUUCAUAUUAAUUGUUACACAGAAGAUAGGCAUGUUGAAACACAUGAAACAUUCCAAGGUAGUGUAUUCUGUUUAUAUGUAGGAACUGGGGGAGAGGAAGGUCAGUCUCAGAUUUUUGUGCUGGGAUUUCAGGUAGGGGCACUCAGAAUGCUAAUGAGCUGUAGCACAAAGUUGGGAGAUAAGGAAUAAUGGAUGUUCUAAAGGGCAUUGAGCAAAAUCACUUCCUUAAGUUCCAAGUGCCCAGAAGUGAGGGGUGGUAGUUACUGGGAAGAUAAUCAUAAUUUUAUGAAGUAGGGAAAGUGCAGAGCUUGGUAUUUGGAAAGGAUAAAAUAAGAGCGGUCCAGGAUCAUUCAGAUGGUUGAUUUUAGUGAGACCCUGAAUAGUGUCAGGCAGGCCAUUGCCUGUGGUGAUGUAACUUUAUGGUCCCUUGUUUCUAGAAUCAAGCCCACAAUAUUCUUUGCGCAAACCAUUUGUCCAGUUUACUUUUAGCAAGGUUUUAUGUUAAUAGAGGAAUUCACAGAACCCUUGGUUUCAGAACCCUUUUGAGAAAUUCUCUGCAAAAUGCUUUAUAUAAAAAAGCAUAUGCCCCCUGUAGUUUACUUGAAGCAACUACCUUUAACUCAGUGUUUGACAGAAGAUUAUUCAGUUUUAAGAGUGUGUAUUUUGCAACGUGCUUGCUUUUGUGAAUUUAUAUUCCACUUUAAAGCAACUUACGACAUUUAACAACCUUUUGCCCUUUCAUUUUCAGCCACGACGACAGAAGGAAUUGAAACCAACGACAAACUGAUGAGGUUUUUUGAUCUAUGUGAAAGAUUUGUUAAAGAUAUAGAAGACAAUGAUACGGCUAUGCAUGAGCUGGAUGCCUUCAAGGAAGGUCCUGAGAUGAAGGAAGUAGUGGGGAAAAUUGCAAAUACCUUGUGUCUACCAGUGAAUGACUUAAACGCAGGUAAUGUUCUUUUAUCAGCUUCCUACCUGUUCUCAGUUAUUAUGAAGAGCAAAUAAGCAGUAAACAUAAACAUCUUUUGGAAAAGCUUUAAAGGUUAACUUCUGUUGAACCUGACUGGGGGACAUAAAAUAUUUACCCUUCCCCCCCCCCCCCAGUGCCUUGUUUUCAUUUUCAUCGCUCUUAGGGACUGGUUCACAUAAGUUAAAGUAUCUCAGCUGCAUGCAUUAUAUGACUCUCACAAGUGCAGAGAUGCACACUUGUGACACGCAGAGUGAAAACUGAAGCCUAGUUCAUGUUUCUGUGGUAGCCUGGAGAGAGCAGACAGUCGUGCUCCAUUGAGACACACUCUUAGAAGUAUUGAAGAUGCUUGGGAAAAUUUGUACGAUGAAGUGCGGAAUGCAGAAAGGAAAUGGCCUAUCAACUCUUGCAUGCGGUUUUCAGGUAAUGGUGCACACAUACCUAUUUCACUGCUACAGUGCUUUUUCUUUUUUAACUACAAAACAUCCACUACCAGCAAGCUCUGUAGCUAGUAACUAACAAUAUCCAUGUCACGAGCCAUUAUCAACAUUGUCUUUUAAUAAACUUUAUUUUGGUGUGUGGCACAAGCUACUGGUGUCGGCACCCUUUCAAGAACCUCUGUAGGAAGAGCAAGCAACUAAAACUAUCUACCACAAGAGCUGCAACUUUUCCAAAAUUAUACCUAGAAGAAAUGUACAACUAGUUCUCUGUGCCCAGCUGAUAUCUACCGACAGCUGACUGCUGCCAGAGUUGUUUAAAGAACAGCUGGUGGUGAAGCAUAGAGGAAGGAUGUUUGUGGAUGGUUUUCUUUGUAAGUCUGUUUCCCCUGGGUACAUGCAGAUGUUUGGAGCUGCCUAAAGGGAGUGCUUUGGCUUGUGGUCAAACACUUAAGAAGCAUGAGAAACCAACUAUCGUGUACAAGUUCUUUGUGGCAACCUUUUCCCCCUUCCUGGGCCACAGGCUAACUUUAUUAGAUUUUACCAGGAAGAAAGUAUUUUCAUGAGAAAAGAGAGGACCUCAUCUUGCUGUUGUCGUACAAACUUUAUGGAUCCAGAUGGUGAUAGUGCUUUUUUUCUGUGGGGGAUGCAGGGGUAAGCAUACCCCUAAACAUUUUGUGAAUCUAAGUUUGGCCUCAUUGAGGGACAGUAUUUCAAUAUGAGUAGGAAAAUGAGAGUACCCCUAAACAUAUUUUUAGAAGAUAAACACUGGUGAUAGAUAUUCCGCAUAACUUUGUGAAUCCAGAUGGCGUUAGGUAUUCCGGUCUGCACUAAAAACCCACAUGCACCCAGUUUAGUGGGACACAGAUGAACAGUGAAAUGGGCAUCUGGAUGUGCAUUUGCAUUAAUUAUAUGCAUUAUGGGUCUCCUUUUACUGAAUCAGGAAGUAUUAUUUCAUUCUACAGUAUUUUAUCCUUCCUAUCAACCGUUUCAGGUGGUUAACAUUCCAUUUAAAAUACAACAGAAGAUCACUAAGCACCAAUCAAACACAAAAAGUGGGGGAAAGACAUACUUUUAUCGGAUGAACAUAGGUAGUAUCAUUAUUACAGUUCACUACUCCCCAGAGCCACUGCAAACAACUCUAUCCUGUUUUUCUUUGUGAUAGAUAAAGGCAGGUGCAUCGAUUCAAGUUUUCUAGCAGCAUAAAAAGUCCUUUCUGUCUCACUCUUGAAUUCAUUAGGCAAGGGAUUUUGAGCCAUAAUUGAUGGAGGAGGAGCUCUAAGAUAUGCAGAUAUAAAUGUAAUAAAGAAGGUCAAUGUCAUAUGAUACAGUAUUGACACUUCCGUAACUCCAACUUCUGAAACAUCUCUCUCUUGUUACGGAGUGUAACUAAGCAUUAUCCUGUUACUAAAUGUGCAUAGAUGCAGUUUUGACAGUUUCAUUUGUCACUUGCCUUUUCUACAGAUUGGGUUCUGGUGUCCUUUUUCACUUGACCAUCUGAACUAACUAAAGAAUAUUGUGUUUCCUGUAGUGUACAUGCAACAAUGAUUUCUAGUUACUUUAAUCAUAACCCUGCUAAAAGUGAUUGAAACAAGAGCAGGUAGUAAGAUGUUGUCUGAGUAUACGUAUUCACUUAUAUGUUGGAUUUUUUACAGAAUAUAUGAUUAUGAUUCUUUCAAUGGUAGAAAGGUUAACAUGUUAAGUUUCACCUAACAGCCUUAAAACGAGGCUUAUAUUUAUAGAGUUUGCAAUUUUAAUUAAGUUGCGUUUUUGAACAAGUUUGUGAAUAUUUUCAGAAGCACUUGCAUGCAUAAAACACUCCAGGCACUGAUGUGUUCUUGUUCAUACAAAUCUAAUCAAAUAAUUCCAUUGCAAAUAUUUAAUACCCACCAUGUAUUCCGUGUUUAUAUAUGUUAAAAACAUUCUUGAAAUACAUAAAAAUCCCACAUUCACUAGCUCAUUUCUUUUUGCUUAUAGUUUGUAGUGUAUUAUAUGUAUUGAUUCCAGGGAUGCAGAACACUACGGACCCAUUUGUGGAAUUGCAAGCAUAGUUCUUGCACAUCACCCCUCUGUUUGUGCCAGGGAUAGGGGAAUUUCUUGCCUGCAGGCUAGGUCUAGCUCCUGGUGCCUUUGGAUCAAUUCUGUCUCAUCCCUCUUUGCCCCUCCUUGACACAGUAAUUAGACUAGAAAAAAGCUUCUGUUGUUGCCAAUGGAAGCUUUUGUUUCAAAGCCUAAUUGAUGUACGGAGGAUAGGAGUUCAGAAGUGAAAGAAAAUCAUGACCUUGCCCACGCUUGUUAUCCAUUUCCCAAGAUGUUAUCCCUGAGGAAAUACGACUCUCAGCAUACAAAGGGUUCCCUAGCCUUUUUCUAUACACAGGACUUGGUUCCCAGAUUGUAUCUCUUUUUAUUGCAUACCUUCAUAGCAGUUUUGUAAAGGGGCAUUUCGUUCACCACUGACGUGGUCCUUGUGUGUUGCCCUUUCUGCGUAAACAUUUCAUUGAUGGCUUGCGGCAUCCUACCUGAUGUACUGUCGGUGUGUUGCUAACUGUUGCUUUUCUUUACAACAGAUUUGGUUCAGGUGGCAUUUUUCACUUGCUCAUUUGAGCUGGCCAUAAAAAACAUUAGCUCCCCCUGGUGUUCGCUCUUCAGUGAAGAAGAUGCCAAGGUAGGUACUGUGUAUACGUCUGCAACCCCCUUAACUAAAGAAGUGGAGAAUUGAAUGUUUCAGUGUAUUGUGAAAAAAACUGUUAUUCGGUCUCACAGAAUUAUAUAGGACAUAGCGGGUAGUAUUCAACAAAGUUUUUACUCAAGAGUAGAGCCUCUGAAAGUGAUGCGGGUGGCACUGUGGGUUAAACCACAGACCUAGGGCUUACCGAUCAGAAGGUUGGUGGUUCAAAUCCCCUUGAUGGGGUGAGCUCCCGUUGCUCAGUCCCUGCUCCUGCCAACCUAGUAGUUCAAAAGUACAUCAAAGUGCAAGUAGAUAAAUAGGUACCGCUCUGGCAGGAAGGUAAACGGCGUUUCCUUGCGCUGCUCUGGUUCGCCAGAAGUGGCUUAGUCAUGCUGGCCACAUGACCCAGAAGCUGUAUGCCAGCUCCCUUGGCCAAUAAAGCGAGAUGAGCGCCACAACCCCAGAGUCAUCCACGACUGGACCUAAUGGUCACGGGUCCCUUUACCUUUACCUAGAGCUGCUGAAAUUAAUCAACAUUACUCAGCUAAGUCCAUUAAUUUCAGUGGUCUACCAUGAGGAAAACUUGAAUUCUAACCAUGAGCUGAAAUCUGGCACUCACUUAACAUGAUUUAAUUUGACCAAAACAACCUGCUACGGCAGGACAAGUGCUAGCACAAAUGAUACUACCACAGUUUGAUCUUGGGGAGUGUCAUUUAACAUUCCUCCUCUCGUUAGAUACCCUCUCCUACUCUGCCCAACCUUCCAGCCUGUCACCCUGAGCAUCUGCGUGUAGACACCUAGGAUAACAGAUGCAUAUAUAUUGGCUAUAUUCAGUCUCUUUCUAAGGAACACUAAAUUCCUAAAAGUAGAGUCUGCUUUUAACAAGGCUCAUAACCAAUGUCUUUAGCAUUAGCUGCACCUAUUGACUUCACUCCUGUGCAGGAAAACAAUCCUUUGCCUACCUUUUCACUCAUAUUCCUAUUAAAUUGUAGAAUUCAGUGCUCAUUCCCGUUUGCUGUUCCUGGCUUGCCCCUGGGAGGCUGCAACUGCAGUGUUAUAAAGGCAGGUCUCUGCCAAAGCGUUUGCUCCUGAUUGCAAUGGUGGUAGGGAGGGAAGAGGAAAGAACCCAUUGCCUGAGGUGGAAAACGGGGUAACUAUCUAUAUUGAUGGGUUAGGUACCAAUAGUUAAAUGAAAGUUUGUGUGCGUUGGAAUGGCCUGCCUGCAAUUUACUAAAAUAUCUUGUUGCAUGUAAAAUAAUCCCUCUUUGUAACAACUUUUAAAUGUGUGUGAUACCAGGUACUUGAAUAUCUGAAUGAUCUGAAGCAGUACUGGAAGAGAGCUUAUGGGUAUCCUAUCAACAGCCGCUCCAGCUGCAUUCUUAUGCAGGAUAUCUUCAAACAUUUGGACCAGGCUGUUACAGAGAGUAAAAGGUAAAAAAUUGGUGGUGGUGGUGGGAAAACACAUACUCUGUUUCGUGGUCCCAUUCUAGGUGCCACUAAAAUGGUUCCACCUUCUUGAAUGUGCCACAGCUGCUAUUUGUGGAACGAUCAAUAUAUGUAAGCAUUCUUUUUAUGUUUUUUGUUUUUUGUUUAUGUUUUAUGUUUUAAAAGACCAAAAUGUGUGUGUGUAUGCGUGUGGCACAGAGCUUUCCAAACUUUUCAUGUUGGUGACACACUUUUUAGACAUGCAUCAUUUCGCUGCACAGUAAUUCAGUUUUACCAGCUAACCAGAGAUUAAACUAACCCCUUUCCAGCCCCAGGAGGAGUGCAGGGAGCGUUCACAUGACACACCCACACACUGCAGCUAACACACUAAUGUGGUGCGACAUGCAAUUUGAAAAGCUCUGGUGUAGCAGGUGGUGGAAGAAGGGGACAAGGAAUGUGGCACUGGGUUGGAGAACCUUUUUCAGCCCAAGAGUUGCAUUCCCUUCUGGGCUAUGUUCCAGGGACAAAAAGAGGCAGAGCAACAAGUUUGAAUGUUUGAAUGUACAGUAGGCUAGUUUUUCUAGACCCCUGCCUCUUCCUACAGUCAGGAAAGCCCAAAGCAUCGCAGUUCAAGGACUCAUUCUAGCCAGCCAAAAGCACUUGAGGCCACAGAGCAGGGAAAGUGGCCUAGGGAGGAGGGGACGGCCUGGAAAAAGUCCUGAAUGUCAGAUAUAGAUGCUUACAAAACAAGAGGAUGAUUUAUUGAGAGAAGUGUCUUCUACAGGACCGCCUCUCCUAGCAUGCCCCGCGGAGGACCUUAAGGUCCACAAAUGACAACACUUUGGAGGUCCCAAGUCGCAAGGUGGUUAGAUUGAUCUCAACUAGGGCCAGGGCCUUUUCAGUACUGGCCCCAACUUGGUGGAACGCUCUGUCACAAGAGACCAGGGCCCUGCAGGAUUUGACAUCUUUCCGCAGGGCCUGCAAGACAGCUGUUCCGUUUGGACUCAGUCUGACCCUUAUGUUUCCCUCCCCUUAUGGUUUUGAUCUAUGGGCUACUUUUAAAAUGAAGCUGCAUUUUAAAUUAUAUUUUAACUUGUAUUUUAAAUUGGUUUUUUUCUUUUUCCUAUUAUGUUUUUGUUGUAACUUUACUGGUGUUAGCUGCCCUGAGCCUGGCUCUAACCAGGGAGGGCGGGGUAUAAAUAAAAUAUAUUAUUAUAUUAUUAUUAUUAUUAUUAUUGCAUUUAAAUUCAAUUGAACCGCUAUGGUCACAGUUAGGUGUAUGAGCAGGUAUUUUAUUUGGCUUGCAGCCCACUUAAGACUGAUUUCCCACUUCCGUUUGGAUCUGUGGCAAAACCUCCCUUCAGUUUGUUUCCGGAUGCCUGGAUAUCAAACACAUGACUAUAACUUUUUAUAUUCUAACAUGAGUGGAGAACAUAUGGUGUCCGUUCUUUAGUGAGCAUUUGUUUUGAUUCGCUUGCAGAAAGGCUAUAUGACUUCCCAUCAAACAUUAUCCCAGUUUUUAGGGCCCUUCCCUGUCACUUUCCUUACUGCAAUAAGUCAUUUUUAAUUUAAAAAAAAAAUGGAUUUGUUGCACCAGAGUGCUUUAAAUCGUGCAGACCUAAAUAUCCAUAAGCUAUUGAAUCCCUCCUGAAAAAUAGUGGCAGUCUGUAGGCAGCUGAUUGUUAAACAACAAAAAGCUGCAGGAGAUCCCAGUUAUGAAUUGCCUGCAUCGUGUCUAGAUUUGAUAUAAUUAGGAGCUCUGUGAAACGGUGCUGUUCCUUUUCCUAACAGUUGAUGGCAGUAUAAACAGAGGAUGCUAAUCUAAAUUUUGAAUAGGUUUCUCUUAACUAAGCUUAGUAAACUAAAGUACCUAAUUGCCUCUUUCACCUACCAGCUUUUUCUGACUACUGAUAAUAGUUUAUCCUGACAAGGGAGCAGAGGGCAGCUGUUGCCUUCUAUGGAGGGUGAGUUGAGACACGGGGAGACAAAGUGACUUGCCGUAUGUGACACCUAGAAUCGAGUAGAUAAGUUUAACUUCCAGCCACUAAUCCCCAAUUAAAGCUGCAGCUAGAUGAGAUAACGUAUGCAGAGCUAAUGUAAAAUAAGCAUUCUCAUACCUCGUUCAAAAUAACAAGCCACUUUAUCUAUAAUUUUUCUAUUAAAAUGUACUCUUAGUAUGGAAUAGUAGAGUAUUUAAUCAGCGUUACUUAUACCAAGAGGCAAACAGUUCUUUCCCACAACAUGAAUUAAUGUUUAAAAAACACUGUGAAAUCAUUGGAAGUCUUUAAACGCUAUUAUAAUUUGGGGUUGAACUUAAUUUUCUUCCAUGUGAAGGUAACAUUUUGAGAAGUACCCAUCUCUAGAUAAGUCCUAUUCCACAAUUCCCUUCAGUAUCAUUCACACACACACACACACACACACACACACACAUAUGACCAGACAUUUGACUAAGCCAGGCAUAGGCAAACUCCCAUCAUCCUUAUCUAACAGGACCAGUGGUCAGGGACGAUGGGAGUUGUAGUCCCAAAACAUCUGGAGGGCUGAGUUUGCCUAUGCCUGGACUAAGCUACAUAGAAACAUACAAUUGUAGAGUUGGAAGGGACCCCAAGUGUCAUCUAGUCUAGCCCCCUGCAAUGCAGGAAUCUCAAGCAAAGCAUCCAAGACAGAUGGAUAGUUGCUUCAUAGUUUCUUCCUCCUCACUUCGUAAAUUGUUUCCCCCCCCCUUUAGAAUUUAAAUUUGUAUAUGUUAUGUUUAUUAUACGGUUAACACCUGCCUUAAUAGAGUGACCAUAUGCAAAGGAAAGCACUGCCUCUGUGCUUUUUAACUGAGGAAGGAAUUUCAGCAGGUGCAGCCUAUCCUAUGCAUGGAUAAGAGACACUUCACCUGCUUAAAUCUUCUUCUACACAACUUUUAAAUGUUCAGAAGUUCAAUUGGGUUAUUCAGCAUUGUGAUUCCUUAAUACCUUAUGACCAAGGGUUUAUCUGAAUCAGUGGAGGGGUGUGUGUGUGUGUGUGUGUGAGAGAGAGAGAGAGAGAGAGAGGAAAGAAAGAAAGAAAGAGAGAAAGAUUCUCUUCAGUGACUGGGAGGGAUCACUAUUUGACAUCAGAAGACAGCCUUAUUAUUGACCCUAUAUGAGAUAUGCUUCUGUGUGUAUUAAUCUUUGUGUGUUUAGGGAUUAGCUUUGUUUGGAAUGGCUUUAUGGAAUGUUUAAUUAUAUAACCUUGUAAAGAUUUUUAAGAGCUCUAAACAGUUUAGGGGAGAAAUUGACUUGUCCCAACCGCAGUGACUUUUAAAACUCCAUCCUGAGGUUGAGGAACAACUUCUCUCAUUUGAUUCCUAUCGGAAGUUAAGACUGCACUUGGUGGACCGUAGCCACAGCCUCAGCUUCUGAACAACGCACACUGAACAUUUAAAAGCCCUUUGAAGUGAAUGGUUGCGCUUCUGUUGUGGAUUCCGUUUAUUUUUACAAAGGCACGGCCAUGUUUUUAGUCCUCUUGCGUGCUAUAGAAAGAAAUUGAAGAAAACUUAGAAGGAGCAACGGCAGUCCUCAUAGUUGGAAUCAUGGAACUGCAGAGUUGGAAGGGAUCCCAAGGUUCAUCUAGUCCAACUAUACCUGCAAACCCAGUGACCUUUGUGACGCUAUCAGCUGGCAGCUGAUUUUCGAAUAGAGAUAAUGCAUUACAUUCUCUUCGUUACUGAGAACAGUACACAGAUCAGAGCUAUUUGGUUGUCAUCAAGCCAAUGGGUGGUAGGGAGGGCAGCAUUAGGGUAGGUUUGAGAAUUCAGUGUUGAGCUGUGAGUGCCGAGUUCUGUCACCGUUGCUUUAUAAGCUUGGUGCCAAUUUCUGCCUAUUUUUUGUCUUCCUGCGUAGUACUGCUUUACAAGCAUAACUGAACGCAAUAAGGCAUGUGUAUGAGUAAGACAUGCACAGGUUUACACUGCCAGAUACUUUUCAGAAGGGCAGGGAGAAGCAGAGCAAGAACUGAAGACACUAUCACUAUAGUCAGGCAUUCAGAUGGCUCCAGUGUUAUUUCAUCAGAUUCAGCCUUUGCCAAUACAGUGUCCUUCAAAUGCUCUAGGGCUACAAGGGCUACAACUCCCAACAUGCUGCCUGGAAUUGAGUUUUACACUGAGCUUUCUUCUUCAUUGCAGCUUAGAAAUGAGAGGGUAGCUUCUAGUUAUUAUAUCAUUUCAAAAGGCAUUUGGUAGUCAACAGAAGGAGUAACAGGAGUCCUUUAACAACGAUUGAAGUUGAGAUUAUGUACUCUGGUUAUGGGUAUAUACACCUUCCUUCUUCUGAGUCAUACCAUCUGUCCAUCUUCGAGAACAGUGUUCCUCAACCUUCAGUUCCCAGAUGACGUUGUACCACGACAACAUCCCUGACCACUGACUAACUGGAUGGAUCCAAGGUUGAAGAACACUGCUCUAGAGCGUGGGUGGGGAAUCUUUUCCUGGGGCCAUAUUGAAAGCUCCCACCUCCUCUCAUGGGCCAUCGUGACAGGUAGAUGGGGCCCAAUGGGAACUCCGAUCCCUGCACGCUCACUGAUUUGCCCCGACAGCAAGCCUUGCUUUGUCAAGGAACAAUAGAGAGUGCUCUCUAAGGCUCCUAAUUGUUGGCAAACACGUCUCUACCUGCUCCACACUUAACAUCGCAGAUAAUAUCAGGUGUCGGGCAGGUUGGUGUGGCUUGGGGAAAAUGGUCUCAUAGACCAAACUGGAACCCAUGCUGGGCUUGACUAGACUUGUAGACCGGAGGUUACCCAUCUCUGCUGUAGAGUCUAGACUGGGACUGGUGGUAUUUGAAGUCCAAAACAUCUGAAGCAGGCUUCCUCAAACUCAGCCCUACAGAUGUUUUGAGACUACAAUUCCCAUCAUCCCUGACCACUGGUCCUGCUAGCUAGGGAUCAUGGGAGUUGUAGACCAAAAACAUCUGGAGGGCUGAGUUUGAGGAAGCCUGAUCUGGAGAGUGGCAGAUUGACCAAGGCCGAUCCAGCCCUGUGUUAUGUAUUGUGACUUGCAGCAGCUCACCCAAUAGCAAGGGAUAGGUUUUAGGGUUUCUGAAAACAUCUUGACAGCUUGGUGGCAAGGUAUUCUGUGUGCUGAAUUGACUUUGGGAUACCCACUUCCGAUUCUUUGAAACAGAAAUAAAACUUUAAAAUGCCAGCAUGUAAAUUCAGAUUUGAUUGUUUUCUGAUAUCUCUUUACUGAAUGGGUUUGUACUUUACUCCCAAAUUCUUAUUACACAAGCUAGAGAAUUUUGGAUGUUGUUGUUGUUUAGUCGUUUAGUCGUGUCCGACUCUUCGUGACCCCAUGGACCAGAGCACGCCAGGCAUUCCUGUCUUCCACUGUCUCCCACAGUUUGGUCAGAAGAGAAUUUUGGAUACAGUGGACUAUCUCAUUAGGCAUUAAACUCCUGAGUUCAUGCUUGAGAGAAACGCCUUCUUUCUAAACCAGUCAGACACUGCCUUCAUUUGUGGGUGAGGCUUCUAAGCUGGCAGCCAACAGAUGAAAAUGCCAAACAUCACCUUUUGCCUAAAGAAAAAGAACAAAGAUCUGUUUGCUAUGAUAGUUUACUAAACAGAAAGCAAUUUGUGCUGUUCUUUCAGAUGUCAGAUGUUGGCAGAAACAUUUCUGCUCCCAGAAUUUUGAUACUGAUUUCUGAUCAGUGUUCAAAAAUGUGCAAUAGCACAUUGGUACAGGCUUCAUUUAUUUGAGUUUUAUGUUGGAGUUACCUAGCUUAUUCUUAUGCACCUUAUUAGGCUAUGCAUCACCUGCCAACCUAGCAGUUUGAAAGCACGUCAAAGUGCAAGUAGAUAAAUAGGUACCGCUCCAGCAGGAAGGUAAACGGCGUUUCCGUGCGCUGCUCUGGUUCACUAGAAGCGGCUUAGUCAUGCUGGCCACAUGACCUGGAAGCUGUACGCCGGCUCCCUCAGCCGAUAAAGCAAAAUGAGCGUCACAACCCCAGAGUCGGCCACGACUGGACCUUAUGGUCAGGGGUCCCUUUACCUUUAGGCUAUGCAUCAGAGAAACCUGAAUGUAAGAAGCAUGUACUAAGAAGCACUAGCCACAUGGCAAAGACUAUAGGAAGCAAUUACUUUGGUAAAGGAGGCAUCUCAUCAAACAGCUAAAAUGUUCAUCCUGACCAAAGACUAAAUUCACUUGUGUUGGUUUUCUUAAUAAAAUAAAAUAAAAUAAAGGAAAAAAAGAAGGAAAUUUGGUAUUUGUUGCUUGCAUUGGGUCAGUAAUUGUGGGAAAGGGGAAAUUGUAUACCUUCAUUUCCUUAUGUAAAAACAGUUUUUAGUCUGAUUUCUUGGGCUUGCUAAAUCACAGUAUGGUGGGGAAUUUCUUCUGUACUACCCCACCAUAAGCACAAAAAUAUGUAUAUGAAUUCUUGGAAAAAUGAGUAAUCUAUCUUAUUUCCUUAAAGCUUGCGACCUGUUAUAAAGAACUGAGGAUAUAACAUAACUUAUGCAGUACUUUAUUAUGUCAAAGUGUCAUUUUUAAACUUCAGAAGCAGGAUACUUCAAAGCAUUCUUCUCUAAAUAGGACAGGUCAAACAAGUAGUUGCAUUUUAUUUCUUUUUUGAUGUUACAGGUUAACUUAAAGUACCAAGAACUUUCCUCUGUUGAAUUAAAAACUGUAUUUUAGCUUUGGCUUGUUGCUUGGCCUUCGUAUGCUUGUCAUAGCUGCUGCUAAUAAUUCUAAGGCUUGAAAGUUUUUACAUUUAAUUGUGAUGAAAACCUGAAUUUAUGAACUGGGCUUUGUUUAUUCCAUUCACAAAACACAACAUAUGUAAAGCAUGGUGUCCCCUAAUGCAAAUUAUAGUUACACCUGUAUGUUCCUUUAUAUAGAUUAUGUUACAAGCUUCUAAAGGUAGGGACAGCGUAAUGUGAUAAGUAUCAUAUCAAGCUUAUUACUGAGAAGCUUGGUUUAGCUGGAACUCUAAACAUACUUGAUGCUUGAUGCGGGGGGGGGGAUGACCUCAAAGCAGUUUACAAAAAGUUAAAACAGAGAAAAAUCUACAACCUUUCUUCAAAGCAUACAAAGAAUAAAAAUACUGGAGUUGACAUUCUGCUUUACUAUAACAUGAGCACAUGGAAUGAUGAGUAACAUGGGAUCUCGGACCUUUAAAUUUUCUAAAAAAUAUAUUAACUAUAAAUAGUAGUGAUGAUAAUAGCUUUGGGGAGAAGAAACUAGACAGCUGCUUUUGCAUUACUUUUUUAUAUUGUAGCAUCACCGCGGUACAUUAGAGUUACAUAAGCAACAUAGAUGCUGUAGGAACUUACAAUCUGAAAUGAAACAGGCAUUUGGUCAGUUGACUGUCAAGGUGGAGGAGUGGAGAUCAUGGGCAGAGAUAAAAUGAGAAAUAGGAGUCAAAAUAUAGGUUGAGUAGGGGCAGAGAGAGGUCUUGAAGGCCAGGCUUUCUAUUGACUAUAAAAUAUCAUGGGAUGCCAGGGAAGGAAACAAAUGAUGUGGUCAGAUCAGUGAGAAAUGAGAAUAAUUUUGGUUUUGGUUUCUCGAUAGACAGGAGAGGACUAAGAUGUGAAAGAGGAAGAGGGCAGAGGGCUUACAUGAACCAGAGUUGUAGCCACGAGGACAGAGAGGAACAGUUGGAUUUUUAGUAUGUUGUACAGGGAGAAAGGUCCAUAACAUGGCCGUUCUAAACAGGUGGGUAGCAGUGGAGAGAAACUAAUCCAAGAUAAGCUGUGACACUUUGCCUGGACAAUAGGAUGAAUGAAGUAGUCGCCAUUCAUGUGCCAAAAAAAUCACUACAGAGUGAGCGCAUCAUCUGUAGAUGAGUUGCGAGUUGCUCAUUCUCUGCUUUGCCAUUCAUUCUCUUUAGAGAAUUGCUCUCUUCCACUGCACCCCAAUAUCCACAUGAUCUCAGCUGUAACUGCAGGUCAUCUCUUAGCCGGGAAUGAGAUUGAACUCUGUAAUCUUCUAGUUCUUUUCUUAAAAAUAACAUACCGGUAUUAUUAUUAUUAUUUUAAAAAUGAUUUCUUGACCAAGUGUUUUUUAGCAGUCAAAUGCCAUUCCUACGGUUCAGACCACCAAAAGUAAAACAACUCUUUUACAGUAGCAUAGUUUGCUAAUUCUUGUAACUAUACAGUAGUUGUGCCUCACUGCUUGGGACUACAUUAGUCAAGAAACAGCGUUUUGAAUGCGUUAUAAAUAUGCAACACCAGAUGGUGCUAGAGAGUAAAAAAAAUAUAUGUUAUUUUCCAUAGUGUUUUUUUUCCUUUUGUUAUAAUGAUUUAAUUUCUCACUUAUUUAUAGCGUGUUUUUCCCCGAAUGUGUAGAUCCACCCUUAGAUUCAUCUGACUAACCAUCUUUUGCUUUUGCUUUUAAACUUUCUAGUUCGAAGCCUAUUUCCUCUCCCGUGAUCCUCCAGUUUGGACAUGCAGAAACCCUUCAACCUCUCCUUGCUCUCAUGGGCUACUUCAAAGAUGAAGAGCCUCUUAAAGCAAACAACUACCACAGGCAGAUGCAUCGGAAAUUUCGUAGUGGCCGCAUCGUCCCUUAUGCCGCAAAUCUGUUGUUUGUGCUUUAUCACUGUGAUCAAGCCACAACUCCAAAGGAAGAGUACAAGAUCCAGAUACUGCUCAACGAGAAGCUGCUGGAAUUUCCACACACGGGAGAAACCGUUGCUUUGUACACUGACCUGAAAAACCACUAUAAUGAAGCCCUCCAAAAUUGUCACUUUUCCGAAGUGUGCGACAUGCCAAAAAAUACUUCUGAAGGUGAUCUGUAUAUAAAGGUGACAAAGUAGAGGAAGCAUUUUUUGUGUGUGGAAGUAAUUGAUAAAAUGUAGCUCUUUUGCUUUUGCUACUUUUUAGGAAGAUGUACCAUUACACUUAAAAAAAACCAACUUCAUAAACUGGUUUCUGAAAUUCAAAAACAAAAUUACAAAAACAAAGAUAUAGGACAUCUCAAAACAUUCAAACAAACUUCUGAAGCUCUUUCUGGGAAAAAACUGCCUUUUUUAGGAUCAGGAAUGAUCUAGGUGUAACCACAUGGUAUUUGGCAUGCAGUUUACUUCAUAGGUAUGCCAGUUAUUUAAUGUGAAUAGUUUGGAAGUUAUUGUGGAUCUCAAUUGCUGCUUCACUGGAAUAUUCACUUGUGAAUACAGCCUCUUAUGUACAAACAUCUCCUAAGUACAAACAUCUCUUAUAUAAGAUUCCAGGUGGUUUUCAUGGUUGUUUUACAAAAAUAAUUGGUUUUUGCCAAGUAUUUUGGAGACCUUGCAUAAAAGGUUGCAUCUAGUUAAGUUAUACUCAAAAUAGUCCACUGAAAUAAUGGACUUUUCUAAUAACUGAUUUUAAUGGGUCUGCUCUGAAUAUGACCUAAUUGCACACAACCCCCAAAUUGUAAAGCCAUAGGAGUACCAGUGCUGCUUAAUCUAUUUUCAUAAUUCAGUCUUUUUUGUGUUUUGUUUUGGUAGCUUUUGCCCAGCAAUAAUGUGGUUCUGUGGCUGCAAAAAGAGGGGUGGUACGUUUGCCAAUUGGGCAGAUGCCAAUCUGUGAUGGGCAUUCAGGUAUUCUAUAAUAAUAACAUUGAAGAGAAGGGGGUCACUGCUCUGAGUUCAGCUUCAAAAAGAACAAAAUUACUCAGCUAGAGAGAGCACAGUUGUACCUUGGAAAGUUGAACGGAAUCCAUUAUGGGAGUCCGUUCGACUUCCAAAAUAUUCGGAAACCAAAGCAUGGCUUCUGAUUGGCUGCAGGAAGCUCCUGCAGCCAAUCAGAAGCCCCGUCUGACGUUCGGCUUCCAAAAAUAGUUCGCAAACCGGAAUAGUCACUUCUGGGUUUGCGGCGUUCGGGAGCCAAAACAUUCAAGAACUUAGCUGUUCAGAAACCAAGGUACGACUGUAGUUCAUAGUGCACAUUUUAAAGAGGAAAUCCGUGAUGCUUUAAUAUGGCUUCCCCCUUUAAAUCCAUUCUUGGGUGUGGUUUCCAUAUGUAAAGAGACUGCUUUUCCCAACUAAAUAUAUUCAAUCAUGCAUUGAAGCAGGAAUUAGUUUUUCAGAAUUGAAAAUAGUAUUAUCACCUCCGUCUUGGUCUGUUUCUCUAUAGCUUUUUUUCAUUCCUAUGAACCAUUCCUUGAAACCGGAGUGUUGUUUUUUUAGUGGGGCACUAUCUUGGAUACAGUAUUGCUAAACACUUUGAAGAUUUUGGUUUUGGUUUUUACCAAGAGUUGCUGCUAAAAAACCCAUGCUUUUAAGAAAAAUAAUAAAGAACAACUAUCCAUAGAAGAGACUGCAUCAUGGUUAUACAGUGUGCAGCGUAUCUCUGUGUUAAAUUGCUGGUCUAUAACAUGAGAUGCCAUACAGCACCAUUUUGAAGGGAGCUCUUUCUAAAGAGAAGGUUUUACUAACAAUUUUGGGGGGUGGGGAGGGGAGGGGUGGUUGUUAAUGGGGAGUGUCAGGUGAACAAACCUGUAAGGGUAGGUCUGUUGACAUUGAAGUCCCGUCUAUCCAAUUCCACAGGAUGAACGAAAUGUAGCAUAUCGCAUGAUAAAGCUGUUUUCAUACUGGAUGAAUAUAAGUAUUUGUGAGCAGUGUGGUUGCUAAGGUGUGUGCUUACAGUGGAGCCUUUUGUGUGCCUAUAAUUCUGUUUACGGUUUCAAACUUCUCCUGCAUAUCAUAUAAUGGUUUGGUUGCUGUAUAACCAAAGAAGGAAAACUUCACAAUAGUACAAGCUGUUUAAACACCUCAAAUAUUGUCAGAUAGCUAUCACGCCAUUCCCCCCCAAAAAAAAAAUUAAAGGAAAAAAGUAAUUAUUGGACUGAUUUGUCUCAUUUGUUAAAUGCAGGGUAGAUGUUUAGGCUUAAGGCACAAAAUACAGACCUAAAAUGUG